AUGGCGUUUGCUGCUGCAUCCUCUGGUGAGUGGGUUGACGCAUCGGCCAAUACUCACCCGUCGCUCGCGUCAUUUGCACUCCUCGCGUGGCGCGCCUCACAUAUCAUGAGCCGCACGUACGCGCUGGAGCGUGAAGCGCAGCAGAACGCCUCUUCGGAGGCGACGUGCUUACGUGCUGCUCCAGCUGUGUUGUUUGGGGUGCGUAUAAGAUCAUGCGAGAACGCUGAGGAAGGCUUGCAAAGCGUCGCUCUGGAACGGCCUAUGCGGCGCCCUGACGUCCUCGUAAAGUUGAUGCAGUCCCCAACAGUAGACGCAGAAGUGGAGACUGACAUUUACGAUGUAGUGGAGCGUGCUCGCCAGUGUCUACAUGACGCUUGCGUGCUUCUUCAGGAUUCUUCUUCACGAGGAAGUCCUAAACGGGCAUUAUCGAGCGGCGAAGCUGAUGGUGGUGUUCAAUAUUCCUCUUCUAGUGGUGUUGAUGGGAACAGAGUUGCUGAGAAUACGCAGCCUUGCGAAGGUUUGUGCUCUCCAACAAACAUGGAUGGCACGCAGUGGCAUACUGCUCCUAUGUACAGCAGUGAAGAGGGCACAAGCGUGUUCAGUGGUGAUCCUCAACAUCGCAUUAUUCUUCCGAGAAACCGAGGUACUGUAGGUAGUCUUCAAGAGGCCAAGAUGAAGCUACAGUUUGUUAUAGGAACAGCAUUUUCGUGUCCGUGUGAAGCACUGAUGAUGGCUUUUCAGUUUGUCAUCGCGGAGGCAUUGGAGAGAUUCCCGCGCCCCAUCGAAGCAUGUUGCGGGGUCUUGAAGUGCCUCGCUCCGAUAGAUUUAGCAGAUGCUGCAACAUCUGCGGCUUCGACAGAUGGUACAGGGCGAAAGCCGAAGAUGACAGAUAGCUUUCUUUACGCCGUUGAAGGCACACCCGUUACAUCUAGUUUGGCCGAUGUACUCUUGUCUCAUAGUGAGGAAGGUACCACGGAGAUGAAGUGGUUUGUGUGCCCUUCCCCUGCAGCAGCGUUGCCGAGCCUCGCACGCUUCCUCUCUCGUGAAUUACCAGAGGAGCUUGAAGCGUUGCAGGGGACAGGAAGUGCGUAUGUGUCUCCCAUGUCCUCCCUACCGACUCCGUCUCUCUGCCGCCGGAGAGGUAUGGGCUUGUUGAGAAAUCGUAUGAGGAGCGGCGACGUCUUGGACAAGGAGCAAUCAAGUGCAGACGAAGGGGCGAGUGACGAUACACCGUCACAGAUAUUGUGGGACGCCCUCUGCCGUUGUAGUCUUGUUCUCCCACAGUCGGUGUGCGCCAGCCGCCGUGAGGUGCUGUAUCACGUAUUCACCGAGGUGGGAGAGGUGCCUCAGUAUUAUCACAUCCUUUCCAUUUGCCCCGACCUCCUGCGUGCACACCAUAUUGCGUAUCAGUACGUUUUCUUUGAAGAGGGUCCGUUGCCUAUAUGUGAACGGCUUAUGGUCGCCCUUAUGACAGCCAGUCGUCAGAAAUGUGAAUACUUGGUCUGUCGCUUUGGAGCCCUUCUGAUGCGUUUCGCCAAGAAGCAGCAGUCCAGUGACAUCGAAGCAGAGACGUGGUUACUGCAAGGACCACCACCAAAGCUAAAGGCACUUCAGCGCUUUAUUGGCAUUUCCACUCAUGUUCCCUGGCAAAUGACGGAGUAUGAUAUUCGUGAAGCCAUGAACGCUGGGUGGAGUGUCCCCGGUCUCAUCCAGGUUUCGACCAUCGUGGCGGAAACACUCUCCUUGUGUAGCUUUGUAAUGGGACUCUUCGUUCCGAAUGAUGCAUGGGCGUUGGUUGCAAUACCCACCCCGCUCAUGAAUUCUCUCUCAUCAUGCCCGACUCUCGGCCAGGAGCACUCCCACCAAAGCGGUAUUGACUUUACGAGAUACACCGGCGUCGACAAUAUUGUUAGUGAAAACCGCAUUAAAGGCUCCUCAGGUAACGUCUCUGCGCUGUGGAGUGGAACAUUCAACUGGCACGAGCACGGUGGCACCCUUAUGGAGCAGUACUAUCCGGGAGCUGCAGCACUCAUCAGCACGGAACUCGACGCCUUCUCUGCUGUUGUGCGACAGUUAAAUCAGUUGGACUGCGUUGGUCUCACAACCCCUGAGUAUAAACCUGCCUACGCCUUUCAUUCCUUGAAACUGUAUGUGCAGAAUAUCAUUGGCUGCAUGACAGACGGUUAUAAAUACAAUAGUAUAAACCAGGUGCUUCGCCGUCCAGCCAAGUUAAUAGCGCAAAGCUGUACCAUGCGCCCGGAAACAAUGUCGGCCUCUCAAGUACGUUUGUGGGCGCAAUCAAGUGGGGACUCUGCAACUGCUUCCAAUGAUGUUUCCUUGCCGACACAACCCACAGUGGAUGCGGUGGAAAAGCAACAUCAAGUUGAUCAGGGUGCGAAGGAGCAGGAGCAGCAGCUCAUCGAUUCACUCAUUUCUAACCGGGCCCCGUUCACUUUGACUAUUCCUGGCGAUGCGUCUGGGCGGCGCCAGCAGCCCAAAAAAGAAAUCCUAGAAACUUCUCUUCAUCUUCAUGAGGAGCGACUCAUAUUUCUUCUUAUAUUGGCUACAAUGGAGGCGCGGAAAGAAGGGUUGCUGUCCCUUCUCCUUUAUCCAAUCUGGGUGCUCCUUAACAAUAUGUAG